UUAUCUCUCACUGAAUCUCUCUUUUGUCUUUUUUUUUUUUUUUCUUCCAUGCCCGGCAUCUUCUUAGAGAAAUGAGCUUCUUGAAAGGCAUAAUCGACUCGUUAAGUACAAUCUUCUCAGUUCCUGAAGACUCACGCUCACAACACCAAAACCCUAACUCUACGUCGACCUCUACUCCAAUGGACGGCAUGGAUCCUGGAACUACGUUUUCUAACGAACGAAUCGCGUACAAACUGAAAGGAUACUUCGAUCUAGCCACGGAAGAGAUCGAUAAAGCCAUUAGAGCUGAAGAAUGGGGAUUAAUUGAUGACGCCAUUGUUUAUUACAAAAACGCUCAACAGAUUCUCAUCGAAGCUGCCUCAACACCUUCGCCUUCUUAUAUUAGCUCUAGGGAGCUAGAGAAGGUGAAAUCGUAUCGACAAAAAAUAUCCAAAUGGCAAGGUCAAGUUUCUGAGAGAUUACAAGUUUUAAAUCGGCGAGCAGCUGGGACUUCAACGAGCAAGAACACCUUAACUCAUGCGCCUACUGCGGCAGUUCCAUCAUCAAAUUCUAGGCAAGGCCUGUCACAGAAGUCAGCUCAUUCCACUAGAAACAUUCCAGUGAUCAAGAAUCAGACUGAUAAAGCUAUAACCUCAAAACAAAGGCAAGAUUCUGGUAGUGGCUAUGAUGCAAAAUUGAUUGAAAUGAUAAACUCAGCAAUAGUGGAUAAAAGUCCUUCUGUUAAAUGGGAAGAUGUUGCUGGACUUGAGAAGGCAAAACAAAGUUUGAUGGAAAUGGUUAUUUUGCCUACUAGGAGAAGAGACUUGUUCACUGGCCUUCGGAAACCUGCUAGAGGUCUGCUUCUCUUUGGUCCGCCUGGCAAUGGGAAAACCAUGCUCGCCAAAGCAGUUGCUUCAGAGUCAGAAGCUACAUUCUUUAAUGUUUCAGCAUCUUCCCUAACAUCAAAAUGGGUGGGAGAGGCUGAAAAGCUUGUUCGUGCUCUUUUUAUUGUUGCUAUAUCCAGACAGCCAUCUGUGAUUUUCAUGGAUGAAAUUGACAGUAUUAUGUCAACAAGGUUGGCUAAUGAGAAUGAUGCAAGCCGAAGAUUGAAGUCUGAAUUUCUAAUACAAUUUGAUGGCGUGACCUCUAAUCCUAAUGAUUUAGUCAUUGUUAUUGGUGCCACCAACAAGCCGCAGGAAUUGGAUGAUGCAGUUCUUAGGAGAUUGGUAAAGAGAAUAUAUGUACCUCUACCGGAUGGAAACGUUAGAAGGGUUCUUUUGAAACAUAAACUCAAGGGCCAAGCAUUUUCCUUACCUGGUGGAGACCUUGAAAAGCUUGUUAGAGAGACAGAAGGAUAUUCUGGAAGUGAUUUACAAGCCUUGUGUGAAGAGGCAGCAAUGAUGCCAAUUAGGGAGCUUGGUGCAAACAUUCUCACUGUCAAGGCAAAUCAGGUAAGACCGCUCAGAUAUGAAGACUUUCAGAAGGCAUUGGCUGUAAUUAGACCCAGCUUAAGCAAAAGCAAGUGGGGAGAGCUUGAACGAUGGAACGAGGAAUUCGGCUCCAACUGACUUCCUGUCACAGCAUGAACUCGAUUCAGCGCUUCUCAAGUCAACUUUUACCUGUCAACUAAUCACAAGAAAGGCACCUGCAUUUGAUGAUUCUUUUUAAGCCUUGUGUUGCUGCAUUAUGCUCAUGUUGCCUUUCAGAAUAUCGUCUCCUCUAGGAGUGUGAUUCUUUGUAUCACUGUUGUAAAAUCAGCCUUGGGAACAAACAAUCCAAUUGUAAGAAAGCACUUUACGUUCCAGAAGUACUGAAAUGCACAAAUUUGUAAAUACAUUUUGUUUAUA